AUGGCUGUCAGACACUACUACGGAAAUCAUCAUAGACAAUAUAUCCAUGUGUUAGAAUAUGAUCCCAAAGUCAAAAAUACAAUCAUCACAAUUCAUGGAGGGGGUUGGGUUUCACAUUAUGAGUUUGCAAUUGAUUUCUUACCUUUUGCUCAAGGUAUCAAUUAUGAAACGAAUGUUUUCAGCAUAGACUAUAGAUUAUCAGCUGGUCAUCAUAGUCCAAUUGAUAUUAUAGAUCCAGUGGAAGAUUACGUUAGAGAACCAUAUCAUUUAAUAGAUAUAUUGCAUGGCUUCCAAUAUAUUCUUGAUAAUUUUAACAUUGAAAGAUUAAGUCUAUUAGGACAUUCUGUGGGCUCAUUUAUGACAUUACAAUUUCAAAACUUCUUGGAAGUUAUCCCACCAGGAUUAUCAGAACUUGUUAAACAUGGUAUUAUCACAGAAGAAGAAGAGAAGAACCAAUUGAUAUUCAUCCAUGAAUUUGCAAAUCAAUACAUACCAAAGCUUGACCUGGUAAAUGUGUUUUAUGUUUGUGGUGUUUGUGAUAUCCCUUCAGCUCUUCAUACAAGUAGGGAGGUUUUCAAACAUGGUGAAAGAGAAGCAAAUGGAUUCUGCUAUAUUGAAGAUGUCUUUGUUUCCCCAAAGCACUAUACAGAAUCAUCACCCGUGACAUCAACUCUUAUAAAAUCACCAUUUUCAAUGAUAAAAUCCAAAGGUAAACAUGUUGCUUUCCAAACUGUCCAUGACGAGUUUGUUUAUUACGAUCAACCAUUAAGUUUCAUUAAAUGGUUCAAUUCCUUGCAAAAACCACUGGAAUUCCACCUUGAAGACUUUGGAAAGCACCACAAGAUCUUAACAGACACCAAGUUCUUUUCCAUUAUUUCCAGAGCUCUAAAUGAAACCAAAGACUUAUGA